UGCAGACAUGUCAUGGCCAGAUGAGAUGCGCACGUUGGGACAUGACGGACACGCAUGUCGAAAUUCAUAAGUUGUGGCGACUUCCAUGAGGAAGCCUUUGCAUUUGGGCGGACCUGCACAUUGGGCAAUGGCAAGCUGGUCAUGGCUUGGAGCUGGGAGGUGGCAGGCCUAUGACAACGCCACCAGCAGGACAAUUGAGCAGGCGCACAAGCAGGGCCAGGCAACUGUCCGCAUUGCCUUGAAGAACGGCCAGUAUGACAUUGACCUCAAGAAGAUGCAGCAGGUGCACGCCACACGCCCCAGCAAAACGCGGACGAUUCGGCGAGAGGAUGGCCAGGCAAGCUCGACCGCAUCGACAUGUUCAGCAGCCACAUCGGCAAGAUCAGUCAGGUCAAGCGGAUCGUCCACAGACGAGUUGAGCUUGGUCUCGCAAAUGCAAGUGCUGCAUAUGCAGAUUCCCUGCUGCUCCGUAGCUUCAGAAGACGAGAAGAGUUCAGUUCAGUUGCAGUUCAGCAAGAAGUGGGACACAAGCAGAGAGCCAGAGCCAAGCAUCUCAGAGAUUUAUACAAUCCAUGUCAGUGCAACUGUGCAGGAGCGCUUCACGAGGUGCUGCGAGGCGAUUGGGGAGGUCCCAGCGUAUGGCUAUGGCGAAAGUCCAGGAAACCAGCAGCGGAGGUUCCACGGCACCAGACAGAUCUGCAACUUCAAAGGUCAGCCCUGCGACAGCGAAGGUUGCAGCGCCUGCGGCAUCAUCCGCGAGGGAUUCAAGUUGCAGUACAUUUCGACGGGCUCCGGGAACAGGGGAGCCUUUGGAGAAGGGCACUAUGCCACCUCAAUGUCGGCCACUGCAAAGGGCUAUGGCGGUUCGCAGAACGUCGUCAUCGUCACGAAGGUGGCAGCUGAAGCCUUAUUGCCAGCUUGCAUCGUGGACAGUUUGCACAGUUUGCGCAAUGCAAAUGUGCGCUAUGGCAUAGAGAGCCCCGAAAGCGCAGAGCAUCUAGCUCGUCAGAACACACCCAACUUAAUGUCGAACGCCAGCCGCAAGGCUUGCAAACUCUAAAGCUCAACUGGUGCAUCGCUUUGAAGGCACCUGAAUCUAAGGCGGGCAAAGUCGAGAUUGUGCGGCAGACCACGACUGCCGCCAUUGCUGCUGGCUGCCACAGUCGAGUCGCCAUGAAGAGCAACGGUGUGGACGAGAUCGUGGUGCCGGAUGACGCGCAAAUGUUGCCUCUGUUUCUGAUCCGAUUUGCUUGAGACUGCAGGGUUGGCAUGGAUGGCAGGGUUGGCAGGCCAAGGCUUGACUUCUCUGCCAGAUAGAGUCGCUGGCUUGAAAUUAGGCGCCCGCAGCUGAGCCGAGGCGGAUGACCU